UCCGUCCAUUAGUUUUUGAGUUAUACAGCUUUAAAUCAGCUUGGGUAGGUACUUUUAUUUUUAAAUUUGAACAAAAUUUAUUUUUUGGCACAGUUUUGGCGUUAUGUAAUUUUUUUCUCUAACCAUCUCUACACACUAUUUUCACAUUUUCCUUGAUUAACUUCCAAUUUUUUCCAAAAAUUUAAUAAUUUUCUUUUCAGUUUUGUGUUUAAAAAAGAAUUGUAACUUUAAUUAAUGGUUAACGACAUUAUUUUUGAACGUAACGUUUUCAAGAAAAAGUUUAAAAAAGACGCUAUGACCAACUCAACAGUUAAUAAUAAUUCAACUAAUCCAUCAACUGUCAACGUCGUUAGGAAGGCAUUAAAAAUUCCCACCAAUUUUGACUCAAUCACUGCAAAACAAAUCGCAAACUAUAAACAUUCUAAGGCUCAGGAAAUGUUUAAAGAACGAAACAAAAAGUUUGUGGAUGAGGAAGCAAGUAAAGGCUCGAAGAGGUUUUUUUGUUUAAUUAAUAGUGAAAUUUGUGCGUGGUGCCCGGAGCGGGUCCGCGCGAAUUUUUCCGGACAUGGCUUGGUUUUCCGGAGUAGGGUCCCAAAUUUGGAUUCUUUCGUCCCCUCCGGAUUAUUUUCUGACAUGGCUAAUCCAGAAGAAUCUGCCCGGCUUUGGUCCGGCUCUGCUUAUAAAUCCGCGACCGACUUCGGAAAAAUCGAUCUUGCUGCGCACUACAACAAUUUCAUUGACUCUAAUAAUGGUCAUUCUGGUUGUCCUAUUGAUUUUUUGGAAGAUGUUGCUUCGCAGAGAAUUGGGAACAAUUUUGAGCAUCGACAUGAAUCUCCAAUCUCAAUGUCGUCUGGACCUUCUUUUAUGUUUCCCGUUCCUCCUAUGCAUCUUCUGGAAAGUUUUGGAUCUUAUGGACCUAUUCCUUCAUUUAAUCCACACAUUCCUCCGCCGAACCCUUUCAUGCCAAUGCGUUCAACCAAUACAUCUCCAAACGACUUCCAACCAAAUAAUAAUGUUGCUGUUCCUCCUUCAAAAUCUCCUCCUCCGACGGAUUCAUCUAGUGUCAAGAACAACAAAAGAAUUGCUGAGAAUAAAAGUGUUGGAAAUAAGAUAGUCAAACAGGAAGCUGAAGAAGUGCCGGCGAACACUGAGGAUGACAUCCCAUCAUUCCAAAGUCCUCCUGACAUUGUUAAUGGGCAGAAAAUAAAGACGGCGGAGGAGUUUUCUGAAGAUGAGAAGAACAAAAAGAAGCAAGCUUUACUUUGGUCUUUGUGUCAAGAGGAACUCACUGUGCAGUCGUCUAUUGCUAAUGGGUCCAAAAAAAUUGAGGGAAUUCGAAAGAAGAUUGACACGUAUCACCAUGCUUUAUCUAACGAGGAAAUUAAAUUGCAAGAGUUGAAAUUAAAAGCGGAACAGUUGGCAGAACGCAGGAAGGAAUUGUUGAUGAGCACUGGAGAUUAA